CGAGAUCUCCUAAAAUAUAAUGACCCUGAAGUGCAUUCGUAUCUACUGCCUCUUUCGUCACGCACUAUCAUCGAAGCGAUUUAGCCGCUUCUCAAACCCUAGCUCCAAAAGAAACCCUAACCCUAAUUUCUCCAUGGCUAAGAAGCGAAAGCUCCGUUCUUCCGAGCCCGAAUCCUCCAAAGCCCCUGAGCAAGAGGAGCAGCCACAGCCCACGCAGGAAGAAGAUGAUCAGACCAAAUUUGAACCCAUCCAGGAAGACGAAGAUCAGCCACAACACAUGGCUGAAGACGAACCCAAACACGAAGCCCAAGGAGAAGAAGAAGAGGAGGAGGAGGGGGAAGGGGAAGAGGAAGAGGAAGAAGAAGGUGACCAGGAAGGAGAUGUGGACGCGUCGAAUGAAGCCGUUGCGGAUGAGGUGCCAGCGGAUGCGAACGGCGAUGGGGUUGAGGAGGAUGAAGGGGAUGUGGAGGAUGAGGAGAUUGAGAAGCUUCUGGAGCCCUUCUCGAAAGAGCAGCUGCUGGCUUUGCUUCGGGAGGCAGUGGAAAAGUACCCGGACUUCGUUGAUAGCGUCCGAAGACUCGCCGACGCCGACCCGGCUCACCGAAAAAUCUUCGUCCACGGCCUGGGAUGGGACACGACCGCAGAAACCCUAACCUCUGUGUUUGGCAAGUAUGGUGAGAUUGAAGACUGCAAGGCCGUAUCGGACAAGAUCUCCGGAAAAUCCAAGGGAUACGCCUUUAUUCUGUUCAAGCACCGGAGCGGCGCUCGCAAGGCGCUGAAGCAGCCGCAGAAGAAGAUUGGAAAUCGGAUGACCUCGUGCCAGCUAGCCUCUGCCGGCCCCGUUCCAGCGCCGCCACCGGUGGUACCUCCGGUGUCUGAGUAUACUCAAAGAAAGAUUUUUGUGAGCAAUGUUUCUUCGGAGAUCGAUCCGCAGAAGCUACUAGAGUUCUUUGCGAAGUUUGGGGAAAUCGAGGAGGGUCCAUUAGGCUUAGAUAAGUCGACUGGGAAGCCCAAGGGUUUCGCUUUGUUCGUUUACAAGUCGAUUGAGAGCUCGAGGAGGGCAUUGGAGGAGCCACACAAAAUUUUUGAGGGUCACACACUGCAUUGCCAGAAGGCAAUUGAUGGGCCGAAGCCAAAUAAGCCUUUCCACCAUCACCACCACCAACACCAACCACAUUACCCUUCAAGGAAGGACAAAUCAAAAUACUCAGCCAACGCCGCUGGCCCAGGGCACCUGAUGGCACCAUCAGGGCCAUCAAUGACUUUGAACCCAGGUGUUGCACCAGCUUUGAACCCGGCUCUUGGGCAAGCAUUGACUGCAUUGCUUGCUUCACAAGGGGCAGGACUGGGGCUCACCAAUCUGCUUGGAGGUCUUGGUGGUGCACCAGUGAACCAGGCUAUGCCGCCUGCGGCACAUGGAAUGCAGGGAAUGCAGGGUGGGUAUGGAAAUCAGGGUGCUGGCAGCUACGGAAGUCAGCCGGGAAUGCAGGGCGGGUACCAAAACCCACAAAUGGGGCAGGCCAGUGGAGGCAGGCCUCAGCAGGGUGGGGCACCGUAUAUGGGUCACUAGAUUCCUCCAUAGAUGCAUCAAUCUUUUAGUUUUGGACUCUGGUGAUUCUUCUCAAGUUCCAGGCACUCUUGCAAAUGACGUCUUUUAUGUGACGAAAAGUUACUGUUUCCCCUACUAUAAAGACCAGAAUCUUAAACCUGUAUUUUUUUUUCAUUUAAGUACUUUUCCCCCUUCGCAAGUUUUCAAAACAAUGUAGUAUUUUGGUUCCGAUCUUUUGUUUCUUCAAAUGCGAUGGGGAGCAGCAAGAGUUUUCAGGCAGAGAACACUAUAUCUUGCCAGAAUUUUAAGUGGUUUAAUCAACAAUGUUUUUCUUAUAUUCCUGUUCCUUGCUCUGACUAAUGCAUUUAUUUGCUGGGUACACUCUCUGUUUAUGAUAGAUUGAUUCUAUGUGGACUA